AUGGCGCUGCCCUGGGGUGCCCUGCUGCUGGUGGGCGCCUGCAUGUCGACGGUGUGGACCUGGCCGGAGGAGGACGGUGAGGACGUGGACGAGGACGCCAUGCCGCAGCCCCUGCACAUCCCGCAGGAGGGUCACCUGAUGGUGCUGACAGCUGCAGGCCUGGCCCAGGUGCUCAACCAGACCCGCUUCCUCCUGGUGCUUUUCUAUGACCCGUCCUCCAAGCGGUCCAGGAACCUUGCCACAGAGCUGGGCAGAGCCGUGGAGAUUAUGGGCAAGGGCAAGAACGGGCUCGGCUUUGGCAAAGUGGACGUCACGGUGGAGAAGGAGCUGCGCCAGGAGUUCGGUGUUCAGAAGCCCCCGGAGUUGAAGCUGUUUUUUGAAGGCAACAGGCUGGCACCCAUCAGCUGCAAAGGAGUGGUUGAGUCUGCUGCCUUGGUCGUUUGGUUGAGAAGACAAAUUAGCGAGAAAGUGUUUCUGUUCACUGACAUCCACCAGGUGGCAGAGUUUGUGAAAGCCAGGCCCUUGGUGAUCAUUGGCUUCUUCCAGGAUUUAGAAGAAGAAGUAGCAGAGUUGUUCUAUGAUGUGAUCAAAGAUUUCCCAGAGCUGACGUUUGGAGUGAUGUCGAUUAGCAAUGCCAUUGGGCGUUUUCACGUCACCCUUGACAGUGUCCUGGUGUUCAGAAAGGGGAGAAUUGAGAGCCGCCAGGAGCUCAUCAACGACAGCACCAACAAGCUUGUCCUCAACCAGCUCAUCCGACAGCACCUCUCCGGCUUCGUCAUUGAGUACAGCACCGAGAGUAAGGACCUGAUUUAUCAACUGCACAUCCAGAACCACAUGCUGCUUUUUGCCUCCAAAAGCUGCAAGUCCUUUGGUGCGAUAAUGCAGCAUUACCAGCUGGCCUUGGAGGAGUUCCACUACAAGAUCCUCUUCAUCCUGGUGGAUGCAGACGAACCCAGAAAUGGACGUAUCUUCGAAUACUUCCGGGUCACAGCGGUCAAUAUCCCAUCCGUCCAAAUCCUGAACCUAAGCUCUGACGCGAGGUACAAAAUGCCUUUUGAGAGCAUCACCUCCCAAAACCUCAAGACAUUCGGGCGCAGCUACCUGGCCAGAAACGCCAAGAAACAUGAGCCCAGCGAAGAGGUCCCGCCACACUGGGACCAGGGGCCAGUGCAGCGGCUGGUCGGGAAGACCUUCGACGCCGUGGUCUUGGACUGGGAGCGGGACGUGUUCGUGCUGUUCUACGCGCCGUGGUGCCGCCAGAGCAGAGGGCUGCUCCCGGCGUGGGAGGAGCUGGGCGUGAGGUACCGCAACCACUCCACCGUCACCAUCGCCAUGAUCGACGUCACGGCCAACGACAUCCCGCUGGCACCCCUGGACCGGCACCCCUUCCUCCGGCUCUUCCCCGCCCACUCGCAGCAGGCGGUGCUGUACACAGGGGAACACACCCUGCAGGGCUUCUCUGACUUCCUGGACAGCCAGAUCCAGACCAGAACUGAGGAGGGAGACGAGCUAAUGUCUGCUGAGCAAAAUGAGGCCACAGAAGAGGAGGCAUUCACCGAGGAAGAGUUUCCUGAGCUGGAGAGUGGGACCAAGCUGGAAGAGCCCACAGGGCAGAAGGAAACUGCAGAGAUCGAGGGGGAGGACGAGGAGCAGGAGGAGGAGGAGGAGGAGGAUGACGAUGAUGACGAGAAGGAGGUGGAAGAGGAGGAGGAGCUGGAAGAAAAGCCAGAGGAACCACCCAGACUGGAGAAGAAGCCCGGAGUGAAGGAGGAACUGUAG